ACACUGUUCUCGUAGCUAUGGCGAAGCAUCAUCCUGAUUUGAUCAUGUGCCGGAAACAACCAGGCAUUGCCAUUGGAAGGCUGUGCGAAAAAUGCGACGGGAAAUGCGUGAUUUGCGAUUCUUACGUGCGUCCGUGUACGCUAGUACGCAUAUGUGACGAAUGCAACUACGGGUCAUUCCAAGGACGGUGUGUUAUAUGCGGAGGUGUUGGAAUCUCUGAUGCUUAUUACUGCAAAGAGUGUACACAACAGGAGAAAGACAGAGAUGGUUGUCCCAAGAUUGUCAACCUUGGGAGUGCGAAAACAGAUCUCUUCUAUGAACGUAAGAAAUAUGGAUUCAAGAAACGAUGAUAUUGGGUUUAUUUUGCUAUUGCACGAUCCUCUGAUUGCUUGAACUAUUUGGGAUCUCUUAUUGUUAUGUGUAAACUUAUCUCUGUUUACUCCCAUUGCUUAAAACUAAUGUGUUCCUGAGAAUAUAAAGAUAUUGGAUACAGAUUCAGAGAUUA